UGGAGAAAUCAGGUAGGCGGAGCUUCGUCGCUUGCCUGUUUAAAGCUUUGUUCCACUGUUAUUUCUAUUUGCCAGCUGAGUUCGAUUGACGUUCGCUUCUGUACGAGGCACGUUUUUGGCACUUUUCAUUUUAACUCCCCUGUUUUGCUUGUUGACAAUGUCUUGCGCUUAUUCCCUGGACGGGAGCUUACCACCUUCCCCGGCUGAGGACCGUGGCGACUCCAAGCGAUUGUCCUGGGGCAGACUUCUGCAGAGGCUCGGCAAUCUCAAGGAGCUCAAUCACAGGCAGUGCAACAAUAGUGACACCGGGUCCGUAGUGGAUAUGUCCAUGUCUAAUUCCGAGAGCAGCUUGUUCUGGGACCCCUCUGAGGAGACCCUGGCCAUAGAGCUGGUGGCCACCAUCAAAGAAUCCCUCUACGGGGCCGCGCACUUCCUGGGUUGCUCCCGUCUCCUCAUACCUGACUCACUGCUGGACCACGUGGGUCGGGAACUCGUCCAUCUGGCGGCCAGCGAGCCUUGCGGCCUGCGGGGGGCGCUGAUUGAACUGUGCGUGGACAGAGGAGCGCCCUGGUCCCCGUGUAGCGUGGAUAAAAUUGCCGUGGACACUGCACUGGUGCCCACCUUCCAUGUGACUCUGCUCCUGAAAGCUGAGUUGGGUGGACUGUGGCCUAAGGUCCAGAGGUUCUUUAAAAGCAGCCGGUCCCAACGGAUGUGCGAGACCCCUGCAAGCCACCGACAAUCUCUCAGACUGACCUCUAGCUUCAGGGCCAUGAAGAGGAAGUUGUACUGUUCAGGGGAGCUGCUCAUUGAAGAGUGCUCCUGACCAAAGCGCUCCAUGUCUAAAAAGCCUCAAAUGAAAAAUGGGAAAAUGAAAAAAAAGGGAGUUUGACACCCCUGCACUAAGGGCUCUGUUUUUGUAAAUGGUGCAAGAGUGCCCUGGCACAAAUGAUUGCAGAUCCUGCGCGAGGCUCAAUGAAAGGAGCCACUUUAUAAUUGGUUAUGAUUAAGUCAGCUGUGACCACUCCCACUGCGACGCAGACUUUUCUCUUGCAGAGCUGAUGCGCAAAAUCGCAGGAAUUUAGGCAGGUCACAAAAAUAGAGCCCUAAAUGCACAAUCCUCGAAACAACUUGCACUUGGCAAGAACCAGUCUCCGGCAGCUGCUCACCUGGUUGCAGGUGAAGUUUUUUUAUAUUUUGUAUUUUUUUUUAAUGAAAAUAUUUUAAAGUGGCUUGAGAAGAUAACUUUGGUAUCGGAUGAUCAAGUAUUAUCGUGUGUUUGUACUGAACAAAAAUAAAUAAUUUUCUGACCUGUG